GAGGAACCACAGGAUAUGAGGAAAGGAAAGAAGAUCAAAUGUGCUUUUUUCUUCUGCUGAGGCACUGAACCGGCAAGCUUUCACAUCACUACAGAGUCUUUCUGAUAAAUUUUGUAUGCAGUGCUGAACAAUUAGCCUACUAUUACAUGUGGCACAAGAUAUUUUGGAUCGUGGCCAUUCAUUACUAGUGAAGUCCUACUGCCUGCUUUUAGAUUAGCCAGCAUGAUGUGGCAAUGGGCAGCUCCUGGAAUAAUCCUCAUAUUGGUCAAGUUUACAGGGAUGUUCCUAUUUCUUAUUUUCAUUCCACAAAUCUUUCCCAGGGGGAAUAUCAGCUUCAUUCCUGAGAAGAAUUUCACAGUGUUGCAGACUACUCAAAUCCUGCCUGAAGUUACAUCUACGGUUUCUCCAAGAGCCGGAAUUAAAACCACAUUCAAAGCCCCAGUUUCUAGGCCUGUUCCAAGGUGGGAAGGAUUCAGAGGGAGUGAGUACUGGUUUUCUGAAGUGCCAGAUGUAUGGUUCAACAGCCAAAUGGAAUGCAUAGAAUGGAACUCAAACCUGGUGACCAUCAAUGACAAAGCAGAACUGGAGUUUAUUGUUAAUAAAGCAACAGCGGCUGAUUAUUUCAUUGGGCUGACAUAUUCAGAGAACAACAAGAAAUGGCGGUGGACUGAUGGCACAGAACCUAGCUGGAACCUCUUCACUAAGAAACAAAAGGAAAUGGGACAAGACUGUGCAACAAUUAGAGCAAGAGAUGUACACCCAGCAUCAUGCUACAAAGAAAGUCGCUGGAUCUGUGAGAAACAGAUUAGCUAAUUCUUUGGACAAAAAGUGAUACAAGGACAGAAGGGGCAGGAGAAAAAAAGGACAAUUAUUCUUAAUUGUUAAACAAUAUUUUAAAAUUUGAUUGUGACUUUUUCUAAUGUUUGCCAUUUAUUAUACUUGUUGCUGCUAUUUCCUAGAAUACGCUGCCAACCAAUAUUCGUGGCACUUUAUAAUGUAAGCAGGAAGCACUUCCCUCAGGAAGCUAACAGUCGAGUAAUUUUUUCACAUGAAGAAACUUUGUGCUAAUUCUCGAUUUGAUGCAUCCUACAUAGUGAUUGGGAAGAAUUUAGUUCACAAACAUUUCAAAGUCAUAAUUUCUAAAUAGGUAUCUUAUUAGUUAUUAAUCAGUUAUUCUUCUCCAAAUACUCAUCUUGGAGCCUUGUGCUAUGAUAUUCCAAACUAAAAUUGCAUACAAAAAUUCAUGUUAGCAAAAACAUGCAAAAAAUGUUAUAUAAGAGAAAGUGGUUUGUAAAAUAUAUGUGUAUACUUGACAAAAAUGCAUGUAUUAGAAGAAUAAACAUGAAAAUGCAUGUGAA